AAGAGCCAUAUUUUUCCUAUUCAGGCUAUUGGGUAGACUUUGUAACUGAUAAUGUGGAAUAGAAAUAACUCAUGGAAUUUGAAGAUAGCUGUCAUCUUGUAUUGCGAAUGUCAUGUGUGAGUUCAUCUCUAAGUUGUGAAUUCAAAGAUUUUGGAUAUGGUGAUUUUAUUAUUGUGCAAUUAUGAUUGAAACAAAUUGACCUUCCUCGUCCGAGGGUCACAGGUGUGAUAGUCAUUGGUCGAGUGAUACAAGUACGCCAAGCCUAAGGCUAUGGACAACACAGAAGCAAUGGAGUUAGUGUUUACGUCUUCAUUGCUGAAAAAAUUGAUUACUCCAUGUUUCGCGAUAGGAUAUAUACUAGCCCGUUUGCAGUAUCAUCAUUGGCAUAUUCCUCCAAAAUGCUGAGUCAUUAUUCUUUUUUUGAGUGCCACUGUAAGAUUAUUACAGUGGCUCUAAGGUUAUGAUGUAAUUAGCAGAUAAGAAGGUAUGCAGUUUGAAAGAACCUUAAGAUGACAUUGCUUGAUGAUGACGUAAAUUAUAGCAUUACUGCUGAUUUUAGAGGGAAGAAAAAUACAGUAGUCAUUUUUUUCUUGGCUGAAUGGUAUUUUGCCAUAAGCAGUAGAAUGCUAGUGAAAAGAGAUGUGUGCUCAUGCAUGUCAUUUUCUAAUGCCACUUAACGGAGGCAAGAUACCUAGCUUCAAAGGAAGCUAAAAUGGCUUCAUUUAGCCAGGAUGUCAGGACAAAUACAGUUGUCUUGAAUGCUCCUUUUCAGUCACCUUGCAUGUCUGAAAAUUUUUCUGGGACUGGUCCUUUGGACGUAAGGAACAUUUCGAAAGCUCUACCUUGUACCAGUAUCCCAAAUGAGCAGACCAACACUCCUGGAGUAAAUGUUGCUUGUUCUUCUGAUUCUUGCACAUUGAAGCCUUCAUCCACAUCUCAUGUAAACAACAUGUGUGCUCCAGCAUCUAUUGGAGGUGAUCCUAAUCAGGAUCCAAGCAAAAAAAUUGCUACCAGUUACAACUAUCCAUCAUCUGCCAUUCAGUCGGACACAUUUCCAUGUGAUGGUAAAAUAUAUCCUGCUGUCCAUAAGUAUCCUGUAGAAAUGAAUAAUACUUCACAUCCUCUAAUUGCUGUGCAGCACAGUGAAACUUUUAUAACUGUGCCUUUUGGAUGGAAACGGGUGAUAUCAAGUGGCAAAGUUAUCUAUAUUAGCCCCAGUGAAAUCUAUCUUCAUUCUCUACAAGAAGUUGCAGUUUAUCUUCAGACUGAAGGCACCUGCAAAUGUGGCCUUGAAUGCCCAUUGAUACUGAAGAGAGUCUUUAAUUUCAAUCCUAUGGCAACAACUAAAUGCUGGAAUGUAAAUGAUUUAUCUUGGAAUGAUCCUACAAAACUUUGCAAUCAUAAAAGAAAAAUUGUUGCUAUGGCCACAUUUCGCAAUAGCACCAUUCCUUUAUCUUCUCUUGGGCCUACAAGAGAACCUAAUCCCUUAGGAACACAACCUGCAUCUAAAAAGGAUGGUUGCCUUACAAGUAAAAGGAAGCGGCUGAAAGGAAAAAACAGAAGUCCUUUUGACAGUGUUCUUGUUUCACAGCUUUUGGCCCAGCGGGAUAAAUUAAUUCUUGAAAAAGAUAAAUCAGACAUUUCAAAGAGUGGUUUUGUUCAAGGACCCAGUCAACAUAUGAAAAUCCAAAGUAUUUCCAUGCAUAAAUCUGAAGCUCCUACUGGUAUGCUUCACCCUAGAUAUCCUGUGGUUGAGCAAAGGAAAAAUUCUCCUAAGUCAAUGGGAUUUGUUCCUUUAGAAGAACAAAGUGUGCCUGUUCUUAAUAAUAAACUAAACAAUGCUGCCAAUUUCAGUACUUUGCACAUGAACCAAAAUUUUUAUGUACCUGAUAAUGUUUUUCAAGACAAAAGAUUGCAAGGAUGUAUUCAGUCAUUUCAGCAGUGUACAGCAGAUAAUAAUAAUUCUUCAGUCAUGUUUCAUAAGAAUGUGAACCCAUCUUCAAUGUCGUGUGUUGUGCAGGAUCAAAGUGCUGCACGAAAUGCGGAGUCUAUGUAUACUGAUAGAGUUCCUCCUCUUCCAUCAAUGGAUCAUCAAUCUUUUGGACCAGCUAUUCAUCAGGGAUUAUAUAAUCCUCAACAAUUUUUGCACAAUAACAGCAUUCCUGCCAACAUCACGUUGAAUUGUAAUUUUUCAUCUCCUAGUAUGGGUGGCCAGGUCUUUAGUACUCAGCUUCCAGUUAACCAGUGUAUUGAAAUGAAUCCUCACAAUCAAGCCGCAACAGAUAUAGUUACUGCUGUCUCACAAUCAUCUAAUCCCGGUGCAUUUUUAUUUCAUACUGAUGUUCAAAAUCAUCCAAAUCAAGCUAUUAAUAAUGGUAAUGUCAUGCCUAAUUUUUUGAACCCUGGAUGUAGUCAAACCUUUACUGCUACUUCUAUACAUGAUACACAACAUCCAGUUUCAUCUGCUGGUAUGAACUCUCCAAGAUAUGUAGCAUCUAGAGAUGAUGCAGCAAUAGUAUCACGGCAGAAAACUAAAAAGACUAACAAGACUAAAACUAAUAAAUUAAAUUCUGUUCUAGAUCGAGGCUCACCUUGUCCAAAUGUAGACGUUCGCCAGAUCCCAUCUGAACACCACCGUCCUCCUCCAGAAGCAUUUGCUGCAAUUGUAAGUUCUUCAGGAAGUCUUUCUACAGUAGUUCCUGUAUCCUGUUCCAAUUAUCAACCCAUUAAUAAUAAUUUACCAUUUUCUACUGAUAAUUUAACUCACCCAUAUCUUAACAAACCUUUGGUUUCAACGGCUGGCCAAAGUAUGCCUUGUAGGACUCGUAACCAAGGUGGUAAUUUCUAUGAUAUUGCCAAAACACAUGAUUCUGGUGGUUCAAGCAAUAGUUCACCUUUUUCAUCAAGUCCAAGCUUGAAUAAAAAUUUUCAAACUAACACGUUUCAGCCUUAUCAAGAUUCUACUCAGUUUCCUCAAGCAAAUAAUUCAUAUCCAUCUCAUGACAGUACUAGAAAUCAGAGUAAACAUUUGCAACCUACAAAUAACAAAAUAUCUCACACUGGACAACAGAUGUCUGGAGGUCUUCCCCAUAAUACAGUGCCACCAAAUAGGCUUCAUUGUGCUAGUAACAGUAACCCUUAUGUUGGAAAUUCUUCACCUGAAAAUAAAAUUCAAGUCCAAAAUGUGGAUAAUGGGAACUCUACUUGUAUUAGUAGUUCUUACAAUCCUAUUAAAAGCUCAUCAAGCCCAGUAUCUAAAUUAUCUGAUAUUGUACCUUCUUCUUCUCAGUUUACAUCUGUUGGUUAUAUUGGUAGUAGCUGUCCUCCCACCUCUGCAAUAAUGACUUUUGUUAGUAGCAAUCCUUCGUUGCAUACUGCAAACUCUGUAUCUUGCUCCACCUCUUUUUAUAAUCCUUCCUCUCAAUCUAAUAUCAUAAAUAUUCCUAUGAGCUAUGCAAAUCCUCAAAGUCAUAUGAACAAUAUGAAUACAGUAUAUUCCAACCAAAAUAUGGCGUGCACCCAGCAAGUACGGCAAAAUAUCACCAUGACACAGCAGCCUAUUGUUUAUAAUAAUGCACUUCAAAACCCAGCGGGGCAUAGGCAUGAUCAGACUACAAACUUUUUUAUGCAAAAUGCUGGAGCUGCUACUCUGGAUGGGAUGACAGCAUUGCGGCCAUCUCUAGUUCAACAAGAUAGCUCUGGUGUCUUAGUGCAGCAAGUUCUAAGUCAAAAAAUUUCAUCAGAAUAUCCUGCAGCUAACAUAUUUUCUUCAACAGCUCGGGCCCAAGUUGUACAGCAAGUUAGUGGAAUGGUGCUACCUGCAUCAGCUUCAAAUUCAGGUGUAAAUUCUCAGCAACUGGUUUUGGCUCCUACUCAAGUGAGAAUGUCAGGUUCAGGUGGCUUAAUAACAAUGUUACCACCUACUAUGACUAGUAAUGCCAUGAUGAAUGGUACUCAAGUUUUAACUGGACCUGCACAGCAAAUGGGACCUCAAAUGGUUCUUCCCGACAGUAUGAGACCUAAUAUGUUGAAUCAACAACAACAAAUUCUCCAAAAUAAUUGUUUUAUUAUGAGCAACCAGCCUACUUUUGUUACAAGACCUCCUCAUACAAGCAUUGUGAGUUGUCAUGUUCCAUGUCCAACAAGUGUUUCUUUAUCUUUUUCCAAUGGGAGCAUAGGUAAUUAUACUACUACACAACAUAAUGCACAUGGUACUCCAAUUAUUACUGGCCCUAUAAUUCACAAAACACCAGACCGAAAUGAGUUAACUGCGCAGCAUAUUGGUAAUAAUGACAUGUCAAUUCAAAAUGGAAAGGAUCAAAACUCAUUUACUACUAGUUUUCAUGUCCUUCAAUCCACACAACAGAGACUUCCAGGGCAAAAAAUUGAUCCCUCUGAUAUGGGGCAGGAAAACUGGUUGCAGAAAUCAGAUGUAAAAAACAACACAAAUGAAAGAACUAAUCAAGUAACUGGAGCAUUCAUAGGUAAUGUGUCAACGUCUAGGUCAAGUUCAGUGCCUUCUAACAUAUCUGGUCAUGCAAUGAUAUCGAACUGUGGCCAAGUACUUAUUAGUGGAGAUAACAAUAACUGUGUACAUCCACAGACAAUGACUGCUUCUAAUAUUUCUCGAAUGACAGGGGUGAUACCUAUUGUUGGAGGCCAGUGUGCAUUAAAUUCUCCUAUGCCACCUUUGUCUGUACCAAACGUAACUGCUGUAACAACUACAAUGACUCAAAUGAUUCCUGCUAUUGGUAUUGCACCACAAAUUUUAGGCCAACCAGUACAGCCCAUGGUUCAAGUUAUCAAUACCGUGCCCUUCAAUUCUAUGCAAAAUGCUGUUAUUGUUCCUGGAGGUUCGAAUGUUUUAUCCCAGACUGUACGUUUGGAUACGUUGCAAACUUCUCCAGUUGUUGGAACUCCUACCCCUACAGUUUUUAAUGGUGUUGUAAUCCCACCUAACACAAUGAACUGUGUUCCUCCAUCACCAGUAACUAAUGUCCCAUCCCUGAGGCACCCUCAUCCUGGUAAUCCUAAUGAUGAAAUGCGAAUAAAUAUUGAGAAUGGGCAUGAAACUAGAGGAACUCCAGGUUCAAAUUCAUCAUGCAGUACACCUGCUUCUAGUUGUAGUUCAACCCCAGUAUCAUCAAAUAAUGACAACCAUACCUUAACCUUUCGUGCACUAUCACCUGCUGUUAGGAAAAGGAGUCGGGAUGGUAAACGAAAAGCAAAUAGUCAGACUGUUGCUUCAAUGUUGCAGCAUGGUGCUCAUAAUUCUUCUGCCGCUAAUUCGAGUGCUGCUAAUUCGGUUUCUCAGCAGCAGCAACAGACACAGCAUAUUCAACAGCAGCAACAAAAUGCAGCUCAACUUUCAUCUAUUCAGCAACAGUUCCUGCAACCACCUGUGCUACAGACUCUUACCGUCCUGCCUCAACAGCCUAGGCCUCUUUUACAACAACCAGUCAUGAAUUACAAUAGUAUUGGCUCUGUUGGUGGUCAUCAAAUUCUUGCUACAGGUUUAACAAGUCCUCUUGGUAUUGUCCAACCUUUGAGCAUGCUAGGUGUGACACCUGCUGGAACUGUUAUACAAAACAUACCUGUACAGCAGGUAGUUCCAGGACCUCAUUUUCAAUCUCUUACUGUUUUGCAAGGUCCUCAUACUGUAAAUUCUCUUCCUCAGGAACAGCCUGUUGUAGUAAAUGAUACUUCUUCUAUGGGGGUUCAUCCUACUCAGAUGCAUAGUGCCUUUGCUGCUGGUUCUAUUGUUCCUAACAUGGUUACUACAAACCCAGUGAUAAGUACACAUGUAGGAGGAACUGAGGUUCUUGUAACUGCUACUUCACAGUCUCAUGGUGUAAAUGAAAAUGCCACUCAAGCAUCUGUUCCAUCCCAGUUUCCUUCAGUUUUUCCUCCAGCUUUACCACCUAUAGCCCAGUCUCUUUCUUCCACAACAUGCUCUAAUAAUGCAAAAUUAUGUAGGUCUAAUGUUACAACUACCUGUGUGGCAUCAUCUUAUCAAGGGCAAGGAUCUGUUGUCACAUCGUAUGUAGCAUCUGUAGCCCUGAAUACGUGUACUAUUUCUAGUAGGGAGAACAAAGAUGAAAAUUUCAAUUCUGCUGCAGCUGAGCCAUUUACAGAACCUAACCAAAAAGCUCGAAGCAUAGGGGUUCAAAGUAGUUGUACAGAACAGAAUGCUGCAGUACAAACAGUAACGUCUACUGUCCCGGUGAAUAAUAUUUCUGCAACUAAUUCUCCUGAAAAUAGCCAAAACACUAAACUCAGCAUGCAAGAAUCUUGUUUGGAUGAUCCUAAAUCUAAAUUUGAAGGUGAAAAUAGUAGUACAUUAUUAUCAUCAGGAGGAGAGUCUUGUGAAUCUCCUUGGCCUGAUCCUGUAAAUCUUUCUGCAGCUGUGAGAGCAGUUGUGCAAGAACAAGUGGAUAGUAACGAAGAAAUGCUAUCACAUCCUACUAGUAGUACAAAUCAGAUAGUAAACUUUUUGGAUUGUAGUUCAUCCAUGCAUGAAGAAACAUCUGAACAAACUCCAAAUUCUUCUGUAGAAGAUAUAGAAGAAAGCAAUGAUGGCAAUUCUGUUCUUGAUUUACGUACAAUGUCAUUGCAGUCUGGGGAAUUUAGCACAGAUCAGGAAAUCUCUGAUGAAACCAACUGUGGUGCAUCCUGUGUUGAAGAAAGAGUUGAUAGCAUUUUACACUUGAACAACUGGAACAAAGAUCAGCUUCCUGUGGAAAAUCAAGGAGAAUCAAGUGAACACGUAGUUGAAAAUGCAUCAACUGCUUCAUCUGAAAGUUCUGAGCAAACUAGUACGGACUGUAAUGUCACAAGUGAUUCUGGAGUUGAAUCAAGUCAAGAGCCUAUGAAUCUUGCAUGCAUUCGUGAGGAAGAUGAUGAUAAUGGUGAUGUGGAUUUGGUGGAUUCUGCGCCCACUAUGGAGGAAGAAGAAAUGUCCGUAUUGAUCACUUACGAUGGCAAUAUGAACAAAGCUGAUGACAAGUUAAUAAAGAAACGUGGAAUUAAACGACUCAAACGGGAAAUAGAUAUUCCUUAUGAUGAACAAGAUGAAGAAUCAGAUGAUGGCACUCCAUUAUCACCACCACUACCACCUCAGCCUCGCACAUUCAAUGAUGGAGAUUUAGUUUGGGGUCAGAUUCGUGGAUUUCCAUCCUGGCCUGGUAAGCUGGUACGAGAAGAUGAAGUUAAAGGUACUCAUAAGUCUGAAGAUGGGAAGUUAUGGGUUAGAUGGUUUGGAGACCACACUUUUACUCAAGUGGAACCUGAAAAACUGAAAACUCUAUCUGAAGGUUUAGAAGCUCAUCAUAGAGCUAGAAAAAGGCAUAGGCGAGGUCGAAAAAUGAAUACUCAGUUAGAAAAUGCAAUUCAAGAAGCUAUGAUGGAACUGGAUAGACAGUCUUCAGAUAUUAUCACAGAUGAAACGGAGGAAGAAAGUUUCCUUUCAAGCAAUAUAUCUUUGUCGGACAGUAGUAUCCCUCCUGUAAGCACAAGGACAAAUAAAGCUCGUGCUUACAGGCGUAGAUAGCAUUGCCGGCUAAAAUUUCCUGUUCUAAACAGUGAGGCAACAUUUAUGGCAUACUUUCUCUUUGUAUCCAAUGAAGUGAUCAGCCUCCAAGCUGUGUAUAAUCAUGUAUGUUAUAUAACGCAUAUUUGCUGAUUCAGGUCCUCCUAUGAAAAAAUAUAUUAUGCUAUUGUUGAAGCUUGUAGUUUGAGCCAAUCAUGUGUAUAAAAUUCAGUGAAGUUUUUUUGUGUAUGAGACUUGAUCACUAAAAACUAUUGGUGCAUUUUCUGCCACAAUAUAGUCUUCUAAAGACUGGUGCAGGACUGAGCACCUGAUGAUCUGAACCAUUCAACAUUGUUGAUGUGGUUAAAAAAACUUUGUAAAUGAAAUGAGCUAUAAAGUGGCUUGUUUUUUUAUCAUCGACAAAUGUAAAUGUUAAAAAUUUUGUGAAGAGCCAUUGUUUCUGUUUUAUAUGCCUCAGCAUAAAGUGAUGCGUCCACGCUCAAUGUAGUCUAUUUCUCUUUAUGGAUUUGGUUGUUAUCGCAUGAUGUUUGUUGUGUGUGCAUGUGCUUUGUGCACCCGUUUUUAGCGAAAUGUUCUUUAAGAGAUUAAAAUCUUAUGCACAUAAUUGAA